AUGGCGUCUACAAAGCCGAUCGUCCUCCACCUUGGAGAUCCUAUUGAGUUUAAUAAAGAAUUAUAUGCCCAAAUCGCCAAUAAUUUUACAGUGAUCCGACCCUCGCGAGAGGAAAGACAGCGGGAUGCCUUCUUGAAGGCUCUCAGAGAAAAGAAAUGGGGGGACUUUCAGGCCAUUUUCCGUCCUUUUUGGAACAGUGGAGGGGAAAUGGGACGAUGGGAUGCAGAAUUGAUCCCACUUCUGCCGCCGUCGUUGAAGGUGUAUGGGAGUGCAGGUGCGGGUUAUGACUGGAUGGAUGUCGAUAUUUUGGCCGAGCAUGGCAUCUUGUAUUGCAAUGGCGCACAGGCUUCAAGCGAGGCCGUGGCGGAUAUGGCCAUUUUCCAUAUCAUCUCAGUCUUUCGAAAUAUGCAGUGGUCUAUGGAUGGCGCCCGCUCUGGCGACCCUAAGCUCUGGCUCGAGGCCCACCAAAAUACAGCAGCCACUGCGCACAACCCAAACACUCAAAUUCUGGGAAUAAUUGGAUUGGGAAAUAUCGGCUACACGAUCGCGCGUAAGGCUUACGCUUGCUUCGGGAUGAAGAUCUACUACCAAGAUCUCUAUCGUAAAUCGAAAGAGCAAGAAGAAGCCAUCAACGCGUCAUUUUGUGAAACUUUGAACGAGCUACUGGCCGUCUCAGACUGCGUUGUUUUGGCAACCCCGUUCGGUGGUUCGAAGCUCAUCACUAAAGAAACACUGGCAAGGUUCAAAAAAGGAUCCAAAUUUGUCAAUAUCGCACGCGGCUCACUUGUUGAUGAAUCUGCUCUGGUUGAUGCUUUAAAAUCGGGGCAUCUGUCCGCCGUGGGACUUGAUGUUCAUGAGAACGAGCCAAACGUCAACAAAGUUCUUACUCAGAUGAGAAACGUUACAUUGACCGCUCACACAGCUGGAGGGGCAGCCGAGACUCAAAUCGGAUUCGAGAGGCUUUCUAUGGAGAACAUUCAACGAGUCUUAACCGGACAAGAGGCGUUGACUCCGGUCAACAAGCACUUGAUGAAGAAAUAG